AUAGCCUCUUGAUUGAUAAUAUUGAUCGUCAGCAGUUCCAUCUUCAUACUUCACUCAUCCCUUGGCAUUCGGCGAAAUCCUUAUCAGAUUCCCAAGUGAAACGCCGCGCGUGAAUCUAGUGAAAACCGCGUGAAGUUUUUUCCUAGGCAAGCCAGGAAGCUUCCGAGGAUUCGAAGCUCUGCUGCCAAUCAGCCAAAAGUGCCCACGUACGCAGUGAUAAGACGUGGAACGCGCGAUGAGUGGCGAAGCCGAGGACGGAGCGCAACCCGGAUUGGGCAAAUUGAAGGACUUUUUGGGCAAGAAGGACUUCAAGAUGCCCAAACUGGACGAUCUGCUGAAGGCACUCGACAAGAUGGACCUGCCGGAGGAGGAGAAGGAGAAGCUGAGGCAGAGCCUGAAGAGCAACAAGCACGUUCCGCAACCCAAUUACCUUAUCUUUUUCAUCACGCUGGCGAUCGUUCUGCUAAUCUUCGUGUUCAUCGGGCGCAAGUUGUACAGAAUGAUGACGGAGAAGGAGAGAAAACAGGCUGAGAAGAAGAAGCUGAAGGACGAGCGCAAGAGCAAGCCGAGCAAGCAAAAGGACGGCAAAGACAGCGAUAAGAGCAAGAAGAAAAAGAAUUAAUGUGCAAUAAAAAUCCUUAUCAAAACCUGCGAAUUGUGGAAAAAUUGGACUUUUUGAACUCUCGCUGAGCAUAUCAAUCAUGGACUGGGAUUAAACUGGGGAGUUUCUCACCAUUGCAGAGAUAAAAGUCGCAUUCUUACGCAAUAUUUAAACUUUUUAUUGAUGUUUCUAUGGCAAAUUGGAGGUAAUAAUUACGUGUAACACAAAUUUGCCUAGAAGAACUAAAAACUUACGCCUAGUUAGCAUAAAACGCAUUCUAAAUUGAAUAAAAGAGAACAGAACAACAUUAACGAUAUUUCUUUCACAUUCUUGACACUGAAUAUUUUAAACAUUAAGCGACAAAAUAAUCAUGUUGCAAAAGUGAAUGUGAAACUUACAAUCAGAAAUUAAUAACGAGCUUUUUUUGUAUGCCUUUCCUUGUCACAGUAUUGUAUAAUUUUUCUGCUAUCAAAAGACUUUUGCCUCAAUGUUUUAAACCAAGGGGGAGAUAAUUGCAUUAAUCACUUCCAAAUUUGCCUAACACUUCUAGAACCUGAAGUUUUUACAUGAUUUCUUAAGUUUCCAUUCGAUAUUUCUGCAAGAAUCCAUUUAAAAAGACUUUUUGGAUAUCUUUUCCCAAUCAUAACCUCAAAAUUUAACCAAGAAAUCUUCAAAAAUUCACUUUAGAAAGUUUAUAGAUAACAAAAUCAUCUGCUUUUUGCUGAUUCAGAGACAAAAUCAUGCAGAAAUAUUUGCUAAAUGAAUAUUUUUUAAGUGAAAAUGACAAUUUUUGAGGUUAUGUUCAAUCUUAGCACAAUUUGCAUUGUUUCUUGACAUCAAAGGAUCAAAAAGCACUGUUAUUUGCUUGCAAAUGCUUAAUUAUGCAAAGGACUAGAAGAAUUUACAUCGAAAUCUGUCCUUAAUUCGUUACAUAACCUAGAAAAACGAAUAAUACGCUUGUUUCUGCGUGAAAAUCGAAGGGAAUCCAAAGAAAAAGAAGCACUGAAGAAAGAAAUAUUGUUGGUUUUUCAACACUUUCGCUUCUUAAGUACUUCUGCUGAGCUGUACACCACUUCUGACUGUAUUAUCUCCCCCUUGAUUUAAACUGUGACAAAUAUUGUUGAAAACUUUGCAUCAAAAAUUGAGUAAAAAUUUCUUCACGACUCACAAUUUUUCCUAGCUUAUUAUGCUGCUAAUUACAAAAAUACACGAUAAAAAGGGAUUUUUUCUUCUGUAUAUUAUAUAAAAUACUUUCUAAAGAUAAAAUGUUUCUAAUUUUAUAUAUCAUCAUCUCUUAAAUCGUAAUAUCGUUUUUCUCUCGCUCUUCCUCAAAAAAUUUGUAUAAAUUGCAUUUUUCUCACUUUUUCUGCCCUUCCAACUUGGCGUAAAAUUAAUCACUUUUUUUCUCUCUCUUUUCUUUUCUCCCUAAAACAAAUGCACAUCAAACUAUAAUCAAGUAUAUUAAUAUAGAAUAAACUUUUAGUAGAGAUAUAUUUAUUCAUCUUCUCAAUUAAAUUGUACUUUCUGCCUGCAGAUUUUUUUUCUUUUUGCACCAUCAUAUUCAUUUUAGCUCUUGUUUCUUGUGUUUUUAUAUGAAAAUAUAACUAUGCUUUUUAACAAAAUCAAUUUAUCAAAUCUACAACUUAACCUAAGCGCGCGCAACUAGACAACAAAAACACUCUCUUUACUGUCUCGCGAAUGAAUUACCAUUAAUUGAAUGAAGAAUAGAAAGCACACCUCAAAUACUGUGUCUACACAUUAUAUAUAUA